GUUUUUUGUUGUUAUUCAUGACUGGUGUGGUCUCGGCUAUGCAUUCUGAUUUAUCUGUCUUUAAUUUUGAUCUGAAAACCAAAGCUAAGCUGGACAAUUUUUGAGUUGAGUACAAGUGAAAAUAGAAUCCUUGAGCUCUUAUUUUAAAAUAAAAGGCACUUUAUUUUAUUCAGAAUGCAUCGGUCGUCAUUUUGCACAAAAUUUUUGAAGAGGAAACUUUCAAGUUCUUCAAUUUCCUCUUCCAAGCCGAUACCCAAUGAAACCAUAGGUGCUAAGAAAAGAAUCUUCUCUGGCAUUCAGCCAACAGGAAGCUUACACAUUGGAAACUAUUUUGGUGCAGUUCGACGAUGGAAAGAAUUGCAGGACGAAGGCGAAGAUGUUAUUUUUAGUGUUGUUGAUCUGCAUUCUAUAACGCUUCGACAGGAACCAAAAGAGCUGUCACGAAACAUAUUAAACUGCACUGCAUCUCUUCUGGCUAGUGGCAUUAAUGCUGAAAAGUGCAUUCUUUUUUUGCAGUCGUCGGUUAGCCGUCACGCAGAACUGAGUUGGGUGUUGGCCUGCCUUGCCACUAUGCCCAGACUUGGACACUUACCUCAGUAUAAAGAAAAAUCAGUUUCGAUGAAGGAAAUUCCUCUUGGACUCUUCAUUUAUCCUGUUCUACAGAGCGCAGACAUCAUGCUUUACAAAGCAACUCACGUUCCCGUCGGGGAGGAUCAAUUGCAGCACAUUCAGUUAGCUCAGCAUUUAGGAAACACAUUUAACGCACGAUAUGGACACACAUUUCCACCAAUCAAAGCCAUGGUUGAGGAAAGUGGGGUAGCUAGGUUGAGAAGUUUGCGCAAUCCUGAGAAGAAAAUGUCUAAGUCUGACCCAGAUCCAAAGAGCAGGAUUAGUUUAGUGGAUGAGCCUAAAGUCAUCGUAGAAAAGUGCAAAAAAGCAAUUACUGAUUUCACCUCUGAGGUUACAUAUGACCCCGAAGGCCGACGAGGAGUUGCUACGCUGAUUGACCUGGUGUCAUUGUGCACAGGUAAACCUCCUCAUCAAGUGUGCUCGGAGAAUUCUGACAUAGAUACCGGGAAAUUCAAACUGAGAGUGGCUGAUGUACUAAUUGAAACUCUAAAACCGAUUCGAGAGGAAUACAACCGGCUAGUGAAAGACCCUAGUCAUAUUAAAAGUGUCUUGGAUAAUGGGGCAGAGAGGGCACAUUCCAUAGCCGACAAGACAUGGUCUGAAGUAAGGAAAAAAGUAGGGAUAACUCUGCAAAAAUGAUUGUUGCAAUAUUGGAGUUAUUGUAAAUACACAAUAAAAAUUUCAAAAACA